AUGGGAUCCCAAUCGAGAAAAUCCCAAUCAACAGCAGAAGCUCUGAAGAAUGCGGAAUUUUCCAUAGAAGAAUAUUUGAAAACUGUUUUUCACGAGAAGCUACUAAUAAAUGCGCCAGCAAAUGAAGACAGAAACUUAACAAACUCUACUAAGCUGUUGGAAAAAUACAAAGAACUAAAAAAUGUACAGAGUGCUCUGUCUGCAAAGAAGGAGGAAUUCCGAGUUAAGAUGGAGUGUAUUCAACGAAGAAGAGAAGAACUUGAAAAGAAGGAAUGUGAACUGAAGGAAUCCCUCAUCAAAUUUGACCAGUUCUUUAAAGACAAUGAUGAGAAGAGAGUCAGAGCAAUGAAGAAAAUAUCGACAGAGAAGAGUUUACAGCAGCAGAAACAGAAUGAGAUUGAUAUUCUGAACUCAGAUAUAUCACGUUUCACAAAAUUACGGGAGAAACAGGAAAGGAAAGUUAAAUCACUCUUGAAAUACCGUCUGUUCCUGGAGUCAGUUGUGAAAAUAUCUGAUGAGUUCUCAGACGUUUAUGAGCUUAUUUCUCGGUAUGAUGCCCUAAAAGCUAACCUGGAGGAUUUGAAAGCAUCGGAUGCGAAGAACCAGAAAAUCAUAGAUGAAAAGAAUAAAGAGUUAUUUUACUUCAAAAAAAUGAAACAAGAUGAAAAGCUUUCUAUGACUAACGAAAUAGCUGAUCUUCGUAAUCACUUGGAGCUCCAACAAGUACAAGGAAGAAACAAUGAGACUCAGUGGGAACAAACAAGAAAUUUAGCAGCGAAUCGUAUUUAUGAGCUUAGCACCAUUGUUAUAGCUAUUGCCAACAUGUAUGCGCUUGUACGCACCCAUCAAAAAUAUGGUGAAACAGCCAAACCCAAUGAGACUUGCAAGCAACUUAGAGCGAUUAAAAAUUUUAUACAAACUUUAGUCAGAAUCAUUGAAGAAGUUACACAGAACUCGUAG